ACCAGAUGAGGACAAGGUUAGAAAAUAUGAAAAAGCUUGUGAAUCUACGAUAACAUUUAUAAAAGUCAGACUAUAAAUAGAAGUGCCCACAUGAUUGACUCAUAAAAUUACACUCGUUGUGCAGAAAUGCCAAAGUGUUUGUGUUGCUAGUGUAUUGCAAGCCCAAUUUAUUUAGCAUUACCAUAAGCAGCUAGACCUGCUUUGCUUUGAAAAUGGAAAAAAAAUGUUCUCGUGCCAACGAUGCCAAAACACUCAAAGCAACAUUUUUUCAGGCCUUAUUGAAUAAUGAUUAUACAAAUUUGAAGGAGAUCUUGAGGCAGAAGAAGAUAGAUGUCGAUACUGUUUUUGAAGUGGAAGAUGAAGACAUGGUUCUGGCAUCUUAUAAACAAGGUUACUGGCUGCCAAGUUAUAAACUAGGGACAUCCUGGGCAGCCGGGUUGCACUUAGCAGUGAUGCUCGGUAACCUGGAGAGUAUCACAGUGUUACUAAAUAAUGAUGCUGGCAUAGACUAUCAACCAAAUGGGAAAACGCCUUUACACGUUGCCUGUGAGGUGAACAACAGGGACUGUGUUAGUAUGCUAUUACACCAUGGAGCUAAAGUAAACUCAUACUCAAUGAGUGGACAUACGCCGUUACAUUUGUGUAAAACCAAGACAUCAAUCUCGUGUGCAAAACUGCUGAUCUGGAAUGGCGCGAAGUUAAAUGCACAGGCUGAAAAUGAUUACAAAGAAACACCAUUGCACACAGCUGUACGAUUUGGUGUACCUGAACUUGUGGCCCUUUAUGUUGACCACGGAGCCGAUGUUAACAGUGUCAACAUCUAUGCGGAAACCCCACUCAUUACAGCUAUUUACUGGGCACUAGACAUGAAAGAACAGAAAUACAGCGAGAACCACCAUCUGAUCUGUAGAAUGCUAAUUGACUACGGAGCUUCUGUCAAUGCACAAGAACGGGAUUAUAAAACUCCACUUCAUAAAGCUGCAUGGAAUUGCGACCACUUACUUAUACAGAUGUUGUUAGAAUCAGGUGCUUUUGUUCGGUCAAUGGACGUUAAUGGCUGCGCCCCCCUGCAGUACCUGUUGAAGGUCACGGCAGUGCGACCCGCAGCAAAACCGGAAGUUUGCUACCAACUGUUACUGAACCAUGGAGCUGCAAGGAUUUAUCCGCCGCACUUUCACAAGGUUCUACAGUCAUGCUGUACCUGUCCAAAGGCAGUUGAAGUCAUGAUCAAUUCCUAUGAAUCUAUUCAAUCUACAGCAAAAUGGAGAACAGUUAUACCUGAUGAUGUUUUAGAGCGGCACCCAAAGUUUUAUAAAUCUCUGUUUGAUGUCUGUGGAAGAUCUCCUCGCUCUCUGAUGCACCUAGCUAGAUGUUCCAUUCGGAGAGUGUUACGAACAAGGUGUUAUAGUGGUGUGCCAAAACUAAACAUCCCUCAUCGACUUAAACAAUAUAUUCUAUUAGAGCCAGAAGGUGUGAUAUACUGAAUAUACUUUGUUGUGAGUAUAUGAAGACUUUAAAGUAUCAAUGAAGCAUUUAAUCUUCACUAACUCUUCUCAAUUAAAUCAGCAAUUUGCACACGUCUAAUGGCCCAGACUUUGCAAUCAGUGGAAAAAGAAGUGUGUUUGCCAGCUAUUAUGUUUACAGCUAUCCAUAAAAUUUCUCUGGGCUUUUGACCAGAAACUUAAACUAGAGGUCCUUCUCAGCCUGGUGAUUUUUUAAAUAUGAGAUCUCUAACAUGCGUGAGCAGGGAAAGAAGCUGUGUGUUUCUUCAACCAAAUAAAUCUUCACUCAGCCAUGUAGAAGUUGAGAAGUAGAAACUAGGAUGCUUAAUUUACAACUAAAUCAUAUAUAAAAUGCAAUUGAUAGAGGGAGUAAAGAAAUGAAGUGGAAUAAAAUUAUUUCAAUUAUUAGUUUUUUUAAAUUCACCGACAAUAAUUAACUUACUCAGGCUUCUGCACCCUUCUUUUCCAGUUCUGAUGAAAGGUCUUGGCCUGAAAUGUUGGCUAUUUAUUCCUCUCCAUAGAUGCUACCCAACUUGCUGAAUAUACUGUAUAUUGAAUAUUAUGCUUUUCGUUCUCAUUCUGUUACAUUCUGUCAAGUAAGCAUUUGUGUUCCAUUAACAAAAUGAAGUGUUCAUUGAUGUGCAUUUGUCCACCAUCGAUGUCUGCAAUAUAUAAUGAUCUAUUUAUAUUGUUCUUUGCCAUGGCUAUCUAGUAACUUCCUAACAAAGGCAAAUGGCCAAAGGUAACAUUCAAAGAACCUCUGAACCAUCUCCAUGAGGUGGAAGCUCUGAGAUGUUACUUCAAUAUUAUUGAAUCCUUAUAUUCAUUACAGUUGAUAGCUAUCAAUUCAACAUUUUAUAUAAGUUAUCAUUUUCCUGUGCUGCAACCAGGAAUGCAACUUUCAGCCUCUUCUAUUCAAGAUGAUGAGGAGAUUUGUUUUUCAACAAACCACAUCUCGGUCUCUUUCUUUUCCAAUCAGUUUGUCGGCUUGUAUCCUCUCCUGUAAACCUUAUGUUAAUUACUGCCUCCCACAUAACCCCCAUAUCCCAGAGGUUAUUUAGCCUUUUCUUUUGUCUCCUGCAGACUUUGCACUGAAUGACUCUUCAUUCCCUGAGUAAUUUCAGUUCCUUCUUGCUUUGCAAUCGCUCUGAUAUCACAACAUUCCUUAAACUUUCCCUCCAUGUCUUUAACUUUGUUAUCCAAUGUGGCUUCCGCACUCCCAUUUUCAUAAUUGCAGCUGAGGACAUCUCUCCCCACUUCCUUGCAAUCCUCACCACCCACAUUCUUUUUCUAAACCACAGGGGAACCUCAUCUAAAUCAUAAUCACAAGUCUACUUCUAAGUUGUGAACUAUUUGGACACUUUCCACACAAGACAUCUUCAGAAGUCAUUCUUUUGUUCCAUUUAACUACUUCAGACAGUCAUACUGUGUAUUGGAAGGAAGGCAUUCUGCCUUUUGUGUUCAUUUAGACUCUAAACCAGAACAGCUAGUCCCACUCACCACAGUCCUACAGAUUAGUUUCAUUUCAUUUCUUUGUCCAGCUCACUUUAUAAUGUAAUAAUUGAAUCUGCUUCCAACUCUGCCCCAGCACAAUAUUCCACUUGCUUGACAUAUUAAAAAACUACCAUGUCUUCUUAUCAGUAUUCUCUGUCAUCUCAUUUUUGACUUCUCUAUCAAUGGGAACUCUUUAUCUAUUAUGAGUGAAAUCAUAAUGAUUUUAACUUUUUAUAAGCUUUAAGAUUUAAAAAGUGAGUGGAACCUGCUGAGACUUUCAGAUGAGCUUAAGAUAAUUUAUAUUACACAAUUUGCUAAUAAAAGGAAGGUGUAAGCUGAGUGACCAUUGUUGGAAUGGGACAGAGUUAGAGUGUGAAACUGAAGCUUUGGCUCAAAAGAGACUUGGUUGAGGUUUCUGUCCAAUUUCUCCAUAUUUCUUUAUUAGUGCCUAGCUAGAGCAGCAGCGGUGUACUCCUCUUGCAUGUCGUUCCUAGGGAGAUCUAGGAUACCUCCAGUGUACCUGAUUGAUACAUGUACGAGAAGUGCUUUUGGGUGCAGCUCCAGACAGACCAGGUUAGGGAACAGGAGCUGGAGCUGGAUGAUCUAUGGCUUUCGCAGGAGAAUGAGAUGUUGAUAGAUAGGAACGACAUUGCAACAGUCCCACUUAAGUUGCAAGAGGCAGGCAGCUGGGUGAUGGUUAGGAGGGAGAAAGGGAAUAGGCAGGCAGUGCAGAGUAUUCCCCUCAAUAACAAGGAUACUGCUUUGGGUACUCUUGGGGAAUGCUGCAGUGACGAGGACUCUGGCACUGAGCCCGACUCUGUGGGUCAGAAGGGAAGGGGAGAGAAAAAGAGAGCAUUGUUGAUAGGGGAUUCGAUAGCUGGAAUGCAGACAGGAGGCUCCUGAAUGGUAUGUUGUCUCCAGGUGCCAGGGUCAGGGAUGUCUUGGAUCAUGUCCACAGCAUUCUUGUGGGGGGGGGGUGAGUAGCUGAAGUCAUGGUACAUAUUGGUACCAAUGACAUAGGUAGGAAACAAGAUGAAAUCCUGAAGAGUGAAAAUAGAGAACUAGGUAGGAAGAUAAAAAGCAGGACCUCAGGGGUAGUAAUCUCUGGAUUGCUGCUGUGCCAUGCACCAGUGAGGAUGAUUAGGCAGAUGAAUGCAUGGCUGAAGAUUUGGUGCAGGGGGCAGUUUCAGAUUUGAGGAUCAUUGGGAUCUCUUCUAGGUAAGCUAUUACCUGUACAAAAGGGAUGGGUUACAUGUGUACUCAAGGGGGACCAAUGUCCUUGUGGGCUUGAGCUGUUGGGGAGGGCUGAAACUAGGUUGGCAAUAUAUGGAACAGGGAACUACAACACUGUGGCCAUUACAGAGACUUGCCUGUCAUAAAGGCAAGAAUGGCUGCUGGAUGUUCUGGGAUUAGAUGCUUCAAAAGGGACAGAGAAAUGUGAAGGAGGUAAGGGUGGUAUUGCUGAUCAGGAAUAGCAUCACAGCUACAAAAAGGGAGGACAUUCUGAAGGUAUGAAGGACACUAAGUCAGUGUGUGGAAGCCAGAAACCGGAAGGAAGCAAUCACUCUAUUAAGAGUAUUCCAUAAACAUCCCAAUAGCAAGAGCAUUGAGGAGCAGAUUGGGAGGCAGAUUUUGGACAGGUGUGGAAAUAACAGGAUUGGUGUCACCAGUGAGUUUGCUGGUAUUGUAUGGCACCUCCUUAGUGCAAAAGGUUUACAUGGGGCAGAAUUUGUUAGGUGUGUCUAGGACUCAAUAUGUGGGCAGGCAGCAGAGGAGAGGCCGUAAUGAAUCUAGUGCCAGGCAAUGAACCUGGUCAGGUAACAGACCUCCCAGUGAGUGAGCAUUUUAGUCAUUAACCACAGCUCCCUGACCUUCAGAAUAGCCUUCAACAAGGAUAGGAGCAAACAGUAUAAAAAAGUCCCAUGUGAGAGGCUCAGGUGCCUGCCAUUCUGAAUGAAGCUGUAAAUUGGAUUCAACAGUGGAUGGGCCCUAGCAGUUAGAGUUUGGAAGGAGAUGGAUGUACCUCUGACUGGAGGACUGUGAUUAGUGGUGUGCCACUGGAUCAGUGUUGCUUGGCAUCCAUAUUAACGAUAUAGAUGACAAUGAGAUUAACUGGAUCACCAAAUUUGCAGAUGACGUGAAGUUUGGGAGCAUAGUGGACAAUGAAGGUGGCUAUCAAAGCUUGCAGCAGGAUCUGGACCAUCUGGAAAUGUAGACUGGAAAAUGGCCCAUGGGAUUUAAUGCAUUCAAGUGUAACAAGUUGCACUUUGGGAUUUCAAACUAGGACAGGACUGACACAGUAAAUAGUAGGGCAGAGAAAUGAGGUAGGACAAAGGAGUCUGGAAUACAGAUCCAUAGUUCCAUGAAAAUAGCAUCACCAGUAGAUAGGGUCAUAAAGAGAGCAUUGGGCACAUUGACCUUCAUAAGUCAGAGUAUUGAGUGCAGGAGUUAGGAUGUUCUGAGGAAUUUCUAUCUGACAUUGGUGAGACUAAAUUUGGGGUAUUGUGCGCCGUUCCAGUCACCCACCUACAGGAAAAAUAUCAAUAAGAUUGGAAGAGUACAGAGAACAUUUACAAGGAUAUUGCUGAGUAUUGAGGACCUGGGGGUUAUUGGGAAAAGUUAAAUAUUCCCUGGAAUGGAGGAGAGUGAGGGGAAAUUUGACAGAGGUAUACAAAAGUAAGGGGGAAAUAGAUAGGAUAAAUACAGGCAGACUUGUUUCACAGAAGUUGGGUGAGACUAGAAUUGGAAGGUUAGAGAUUAAGGGUGAGAGGGGAAAUAUUUAAGGGAACUUCAGGGGCAGCUUCUUCACUCAGAGGGUGGUGCGAGAGUGAGCUGAUUGGCCGGCGAAGUGGUGGAUGCUACUUUAAUUGCAAAACUUAAGAGAAGUUUGGAUAAGUACAUGGAUGGGAGGUCAAUAGGACUAGGGAGAAUAACAGUCUAGCAUGGACUAGAAGGGCCAAAAGGACUGUUUCUGUGCUAUAAUGCUCUAUGACACUGACUUUAUAAUUGGGAGAGGGUGAAUUAUAAUGCUAUUAGGCAGGAAUCUGGGAGCAUAACUUGGGAACAGAUGUACACAGGGAAAUUUGCAACAGAAAUGUGAAGGUUGUUUCAGGAACACAUGCAUGAACUUCUGGAUAGGUAUAUCCCUUUGAGAAAAAGGAUGAUAGAGUGAAAGAACCAGGAAUGAAAUAGAAGUGGAAUAUCUAGGCAAGGGGAAGAAAAAAAGCACAACUAAGAUUGAGGAAACCAGGAUUACAUAGGUUUCUUGAGGCAACUAGGAAGGUACUUAACAAGGGACUUAGGAUAGGUGGAAAGGGAUUUGAGAACACCUUGGCAGGUAGGAUUAACGAAAACCCUAAGAUGUUCUACAGGUGAAGAAUAGAAGGAUGACUAGAGUGAGGGUAGGAUCGUUUGGGGAUAGAAGAGGAACCACAUGCCUGGAGUUGGAGGAUGCAGGGGACCUUAGUGAAUAGUUCCUUCAGUAUUCACUGGUAAGAGGGAUCUUGAUGAAUAUGAGGACAGCAUAGAAAAAGCUAAUAUGUUGAAACAUUAAGAAAGAGGAUGUACUGGAACUUUUGAAAACAAUUAGCAUAGAUAGGACCUCAGGACUGGAUGGGAUAUACCUCAGGUUGCUAUGGGAAACGAGGGAAGAAAUUGCAGUGCUUUUGCUGGUGAUCUUUGCAUCCUCACUGGCUAUAGGAGUAGUAGCAGAAAAUUGGGGGUGGCAAAUGUUAUGCCUUUGCUCAAGUAAUAGAGAUAAUCCUUGAAAAUUAUAGACAUUGCGUGAGUGGUGGGCAAACUUUUGGAGAGGAGUCUUACAGACAGCACUUACACGAGCAUUUGGAGAAGCAUAGUCUGAUUAGAGAAAGGCAGAGUGGCUUUACGAGAGGCAGGUCCUGCCUCAUGAGCCUUGAAUUCUUUGACGUAGUGUCAAAACAAUUUGAUGUUGUUAAAGCGGUGGAUGCACGAGAAUGUAAUAGGCAGGAGAAUGGGUUCGAGACGGAUAAUAAAUCAGCCAUAAUGGAAUGGUGGGCCGAAUGGCCUAAUUCUGUUCCUAUGCCUUAUGGUCUAUGGAUGCAGUGUAUAUGUAUUUUAGUAAGGUGUUAACAAGGUUCCCCAUUAUAGGCUCAUUCAGAAAGUCAGGGAUGGGAUCUGGAGAAACUUGGCUGUGUAGAUUUGGAACUGGCCUGCCCCUCUGGAAGGCAGAGUGAUAAUAGAUGAAGCAUAUCCUGUCUGAAAGUCUGUCACUACUGGUGUUCACAGGGAUCUGUUCUGAUCUUUGUGAUUUUUAUGAAUGACUUGGAUGAGGGAGUGAAAGGGCAGGUUAGUUAGUUUGCAGAUGACAUGAAGGUUGGUGGUGUUGGAGGUAGUGUAGAAGGUUGUUGUAGGUUACAAUGAGCCAUUGAUAGGAUGCAAAGCUGGGCUGAGAACUGGCAAAUGCUACUUCAUCUGGAGAAGUGUGAAGUAAUACACUUUGAAAGGUCAAACUUGAAGACAGAAUCCAAGGUUAUAGCAGAUUUCUUAGCUGUGUAGAGGUACAGCAGGACCUCGGGGUCUUGUGUAAAAUGAUACAAGGCAUAGACAGACAGAGUGGACAACCAGCAUAUUUCCCAGGGUGGAAAUGGUUAAUGCAAGAGGGUAUACUUUCAAAGUGAUUAGAGGGAGGUGUAGGGGAAUGUCAGAGGUAGAUUUUUUUUUAAAUAAACACAGACCGGUAAAUGUGGAAGCACUUCCAAGGGUGGUGGUAGAAGAGGAUGCAUUAGGGAGAUUUAAGAGAAUCUUAGACAGGAUGAAAGAUAAAUGGAGGGCUAUGUGGGAGCGAAGCACUAGAUUGACCUUGAAGUAGAAAAGGUUGGCACAGUAUUGUGGGCUGAAGGGCCUAUAUUUUGUUGCGUUGUGCUAUGUUCUAUGUUCUUUAUUGACUAUCAGAUCUCCUAACUAUCUCUUCUAACAAGUGUCCUCAAUAUGUGGUGUGCCCUUGACCUCAGCAAGUUAGUUAGAAAUUAUUUGCGUUUAUCAAAUCCAUACCAGCUUUCUCUAAUCCAUCCACACAUUUCCAAAUAACUGUUAAUUCUGUCCUUGAUUAAUCCUCCAAGAAUUUUCCAUACUGUCAGUGUGCAGUGGUGUAUCCCUUCGCCCUUUUUUGAAUGGGGAUGUAACUUGCACAAAUUUUCAGUUCCCAGAAAUCAUCUCUCAAUCUACAAAUCUAUGGAAUGUUUUGGAGAAGGUCUCUUUCCUCUCAUCUUCUUAACAAACUGGAAUGGAUACCAUCAGGAGCAGGGCAUUUAUCUAUUUUCAGAGCAUUUAGAGUUUCUGGUCCUCCUUUUUAAUCAACUUUAAGGAUCUCAGUUACAUCUUCCUUUGCCUUAGCCCAGAAGCAGAUUCUGCAGUGGUUUGUGCUUUUGUCAGUGAUAUCCCCAUGUUCCUUCCAACGCUAGUUAAUCCUGAGGAUUCCCCCCCCCCACCCCCCAAGUUGAGAGAGUCAAACUUGAUUGUUGCUCAGCCAAAACAUCAAAUUCUCAAAAUCCUGCUGUUCCAUUUCUCCUCUGGCAAAAUGGAUCUCUGUCUGCUCUGUUUUCUCUAAGCCUGUCCCUCUUACCUCAGUCUUGCCUUCACUAUUUCUUGGCAAUGCUUCCAACCAGAUUUCGUGUGUGAGAUUCUCUCAUUUAUCUUCACUAUAAUCUUUUUCUUGAGUCAUUUCUGAAACCACACUUCACCAUGCUUCUUGACAUCCCUUUCAAUAUUUCUCCCCUUACCUCGACAUCAGAAUUUAUCACAAAAGCACUUUAGCAUUUUUAAGACAAUAACAAUGUAAAUACAACUUAUUGUUGUUGCUGUUGACUUGUGAUUGCAAUGUAAUCGUUUAACUGGUGGCAAUUACAGGAAGAUCUGUCCUCUGUCUGCCAAGAUUUAUUUGCUAGUUCAUGCAUUCUACAAAGAUAAAAAAAGGUCAUGGAAUUCCACAAUUAAAGCUAUUAGGAGGUCAUACUUUUCUCUAUCAUUGUAACAAUUUAAAUAAAAUUAUAUGCCAAGUUGUCUCCAACUUUCGCAUCUUCUGUUUAUUUCCAAAUUUUACAGAUAAAAUUUCACUUACUUAUAUAUGCACAUUGUGGUUCUGUUUUGUGGUUCUGU